AUGUCUUACACCAACAAAAAGAGAAAAGAACCAUCCUACGAGAAGGACAUUAUUUCAAAUAACAAGCUAAAGAAUGCAAACACCGACUCUUCUGUAUAUACAUCCGAAGAAGAUACUGUAGAUACGUCUUUAUCUGAGUCUUCCGCUAAUUCUACAAAUGUCCUUUCUUCUCCAGCAAAACGAUCUAAAAAUGAUGGAAUUAACGGUACUUCAAGCCCAACUCAACAAUCUUCACGCGAAAAUAAAACGUCUGCACGGGAGAAAAGCAAGACGACACAAACAUUAAAAGAACGCCCGUUUAAAAUCAAUCCACCACCAACCGAUAGGCCCGUUCGCAUAUAUUGCGAUGGAAUAUAUGACUUGUUCCACUUUGGCCAUGCCAAAUCGUUGGAACAAGCCAAAACUUCUUUCGCCCAUGUAUAUUUGCUUGUGGGAGUGUGUGACGAUGACACCACCCACACCAGAAAAGGAAAAACCGUGCUUAAUGAGCGUGAACGCGCAGAAUCACUGCGCCAUUGUAAAUGGGUUGAUGAAGUUAUAGAACAUGCACCUUGGGUAGUAACCCAAGAAUUUAUUGAUAAGUAUAAUAUUGAUUACGUCGCCCACGACGAUAUUCCUUAUGCUUCCAAUGACACUGCCGAUGUGUAUGCGUUUGUUAAAGACCAGGGGCGUUUUCUUCCCACACAGCGCACAAACGGAAUCUCGACUUCCGACCUCAUAACUCGUAUAGUACGAGACUACGAUCAAUAUGUGCGACGCAAUUUAGAACGGGGGGUUUCCCCCAAGGAGUUAAACAUUGGAUUUCUUAAGGAGCAAGAGCUACACAUGAAAAGGUCUAUCUCUGAAAUUCGCACCACCAUCCAUCAAAAUUGGCAUGGAACUAAAGUGGAGCUGAGCAAUGACCUUUCAGAAUUGAAAAAUGAUUUGGCACAAACCUUUGCCCUUUGGGAAUAUCGAAGUCAGGAAUUUGUUAGAGGAUUUGCUGCAAGGUUUGGUGCAGAAAGUGUUGUGGAUAAAAUCUUCCGCCGCCGGCCGCGCAGAACAUCCACAAAUGAGUCUGAAACCACAAAUGGUGGUUCCUCAGAUGAUGAAGGACACCGUUCGAGAAGCGUGUCCCCG